AUGCCGUCGCCCGAUGUAUCCGAGUGGGAACUACCCCGGAUGCGUACCUCUUUCAUUUUUCAGGUAUCCGUCCUGCCCUGGCUCUCUCUCUUUCUCCAAGACCUGGCCGAGUUCUUCGAUGUCAAGUUCUACCCAUACAACCCGCCGGGAGCACCUCCAGUAUUUGCUGCCACGAGCAAGAAGCAUUCGGUGAUCUGCCGGUUGACGCGACCAACUGAACAUGGCGCCAAUCCGUGCCAUAUCAUACAAAUCAUCAGAGAUCAAGGUGAUACCGAGAACUGUGCUAGUUGCUGGUCCAAGGACCCCGUAACUCAAGAGGCCUGGCUAUGCGUCGCCGGCAGUGAUGCUCUCAUCAAGAUCUAUAAUGUGGUCAAGGGGUCACUGGUCAAGACACUUGUGGGCCAUGGCGGCGGCAUCAACGAUCUUGCGACUUCGCCCGACAACCCCCUCAUCAUAGCCUCCGCAUCGGAAGACACUACCAUCAGGAUAUGGAGCCUGGCAGACGCCCAUGAAAAGCAGCCGUGUGUCUGUAUUCUUGCCGGCGAAGGCCACUCAUACGAUUUGCUCAGUGUCGCUUUCCACGACAACGGCCGUUACCUGCUCUCUGCGGGCCACGACCAGGUCAUCAAUAUGUGGGCUCUUCCCACAUUUCCCGCCGAACAUGUCGAUAUCCCCUUUGUGAUGCACUACCCCCAUUUCUCCUCCUCCGAAGUCCACAACAACCUCGUCGACUGCGUCGCCUUCCACGGCGACCUGAUCCUCUCUCGCGCGUGCCACGAAGACAAGAUCGUCCUCUGGCGCAUCGAGGGCUUCUCCUCGUCGGACCCCAUCCCGAAACCCCUCGACGCGCCGACACCCACCGACAUGGCGAAGCAGACGCGGUCGUACUUCGCGCCGACGCUGUCGCACUCCCGGCCGGCCAUGUUCACGCGCCUGGCGCAGUUCUCCACGCCCGACUGCGCGAUCCAGUUCUACCUGCGCUUCAGCCUGUUCCGCGCCCCGGGGAAGCACCCGGUCCUCGCCUUCGCCAACGCCAAAUCCAAGACAUUCUUCUGGGACUUUUCCCGCUUCGGCGGGUACAGGAAGUACAUGGCCGAGCUGAAGGAGGCGCAGAGGGAAGGGCGGCCGCUGACGGGGGGCGGCGGGGUGCCGAAGCCGAACUGGUUGAAGUACCCACGCGGAAAGAAGGGGCCGAAGACGACGACCGCUGCUGCUACUGCUGCGGCUGUCCAGGCCGUGGUGGGCGACGGCACGUCGAGUCUGAGGUCGGCCGUGAGUACCACGGGCGAUAAGGAGUCUGGUCUCUCCAGCCCGGACCCCGAGAGUGUCACGUCGCUGGGGCAUACUAAGGAGGCGCUGCAGAAGUGGGCUGAUAUGUAUGAUCUGACGAACCCGUUCCGCCUUGUCAAGGCGCACCGGGUGUAUUCGAUUGAGGGCAGCUUUGUUGGGAGGCAGGUCGGCUGGAGUCCGGAGGGUGACUGGUGCGUGGUCGUCGGCAACGGGAACCGGGCCUUGCUUUACCAGCGGUGGGGUAAGGAGAAGGGAGUGGCCAUCCAGAUGAGCUGA